AUGCAGAAACGUGGUUGGCACAACCUUCCCGACCAGGCUCGCCGACAGAUGAUCGCCUACCCGGCCGCGAAGAAAUGGACAUUGAUCUACCAGGAUCGCCUGACAGAAUGGCAAGGCGAUCAGAAGAGAAGGGCAACAGCGAAGCCAGGACAAUACUCGAAUUUUGAUGUCACAACCUUUUCAGACGAGGAAGGCAGUCCCGAAUGGUACGUUAGGAAAGUCAUGGACAACAGCCUCGAUACGAAAGGGUUGGGCAGCUUGGAAGUCAACUUGAGAACGCAACAGAUUGGCUGGGUCAAGCGAUUUAUCGAGUGCCAGGGUCAGGUUGCUCUCACCAAUGUGCUCCUAAAAAUAAAUCGAAAGUCUGCGGUCGGCCCGGCAGCUCCUGAGGGCAGCAGAGGCGAGAAGAACCUGGACCGGGAAUACGAUAUUGUGAAGUGUCUGAAGGCGUUGAUGAACAACAAGUUCGGCGCCGACGAUGCCUUAACUCACCAGCAGGUCAUAGUUGCGCUGGCUACAUCCCUCAUCUCUCCCCGACUAUCAACACGAAAACUGGUCAGUGAAGUCUUGACCUUCUUGUGCCAUUGGGCCGAUGGCCAAGGCCACAUGAAAGUCAUUGGGGCCAUGGACAAUGUCAAGAACUCGCAGGCAGAGAAUGGCCGCUUUGAUGCCUGGAUGCGGCUUGUCGAAGUCACGGUCGAUGGCCGAGGCAAGAUGGGCAGUCUCGUCGGUGCAAGCGAGGAAGUGAGGAGCGGUGGAAUUGGUAUGGAGAAUCUCCUCAUGGAAUAUGCCGUUGCGACACUCAUCCUCAUCAAUAUGAUCAUCGACGCCCCUGAGAAAGAUCUCCAGCUCCGGAUUCAUAUCCGAGCGCAAUUUACUGCAUGCGGGAUUAGGCGGAUCCUGACGAAGAUGGAAUCCUUCCAAUACGACCUGAUAGACAAACAGAUUGAGCGUUUCCGGACAAACGAAGCCAUUGAUUAUGAGGAUAUGCUCGAACGGGAGAAUAGCAGUAUCAAGGACAGUAUCGAGGGGGAAGUCAAGGAUCUAAACGAUCCAGCUCAAAUUGUAGACGCUAUCCAGACGCGGCUACAGGGCACCAAGACUCAGGACUACUUCAUAUCUGCUUUGCAACAUCUCCUCCUCAUCCGUAAUAACGAUGGCGAGGAACGUCUCAGGAUGUUCCAGCUUGUGGACUCCAUGCUCAGCUACGUUGCUAUGGACCGUCGUUUGCCGGAUAUGGAUCUCAAGCAGAGCCUCAACUUCACCGUCCAGAGUCUCCUAGACAAGCUACACACGGACUCUGAGGCCCGUCAAGCCCUAGAUGAAGCCCUCGAGGCCCGGCAGAUAGCGGAUGCUGCGAUGGCCGAGAGGGACGAAAUGCGGGCAAGACUUGAACUUGGUGCAGAUGGUCUAGUCGCCAAGAUGCAGAAGCAAUUAGAUGAGCAAGCACGCUUCAUCGAAGCUCAAAGGAGACAAGCCGAGGGACUGAAAUCGGAGCUAGAAAACAUUCAGACCCUGCGUGCUAAGGAAGCUCAAAGAUACGAGCUUGAGACUCGUGAGCUGUAUCUCAUGCUUCGGGAUGCGCAAGACGUUGCUGCGUCGAACGCUGUUAAGGGUAACAAGCUGGGUGAUGAAGAUCCUGCUCGUAUGCAGGGUAUACUUGACCGCGAACGUCUCAUGGACCGCCUGGCAAUGCAGAUUGAGCGCCAAAAGACCCAAUUCAAACUGGAAGGCAGAGUAUGGGGUGAUGCUGCCGGACCUUCUGACAGAUUACGCGCACUACGCGAGGAAAUGGACGGAUAUGGGAACGCGGCUGGCGCCGGCACUCCGCCUCGAGAUUUCACAAACAGCAUGCUUGGUAGUGUCAACAGACAAACCAAGAUCCCCCGUAAACCCGUCAACUCUCAAGGGGAAGCUGCUGACAGAAUCGCUGAGAGCGGAGAUGAAGGAGAAGAUGGUGUCAUCUACGAGAAGCCCCGUGUUGUUGAGAUCCGUCGCCCAGUCAUGGAUCCAAAGCAGCAGAGCAAUCUCCUUGGCGAGAUCACUGGCAAGGUCAAGAAGUAUGAAGGCAGUGAUUCCGAGGAUGGAGAUGGUGUCACUACCGGUCCAUCACACCCGAGCCUUGAAUCGCAAUCUCCUAUCACACCCAGUGACAACGAGCCUCCUAAGAUCGAGAUUACUGGCACUUCUGGGCCACCUCCCCCGCCUCCUCCACCUCCUCCUAUGCCAGGUCAACUUCCUGGCGCACCUCCCCCGCCUCCUGGUAUGCUAUCGCCUACCUCUGCUACGGGAGCACCUCCACCGCCGCCUCCCCCCCCUCCUCCCCCUAUGCCUGGUACGAGCGCAAUGCCUCCUCCUCCACCUCCUCCGCCCCCCAUGCCAGGUGUUGCUGGCAUGCCUCCCCCUCCGCCUCCUCCAAUGCCUAUGCCUGGGACUUUGUCUGGUCAUUUCCUGGCUCAACAGCCUGCCUUUUCGGCGACACCAACUAUUGGUCUACCUGUCGUUCGACCCAAGAAAAAGCUUAAGGCUUUGCAUUGGGACAAGGUUGAUACCCCUGUGACCACUCAUUGGGCCGCCCAUGCCCCUACAGCGGAAGAGAGAGAAGAGAAGUACAUGGAGCUUAGCCGUAAGGGUAUUCUUGAUGAAGUCGAGAAACUCUUCAUGGCCAAGGAGAUCAAGCAACUGGGUCAAAGCAGCUCUAAGAAGGACGACAAGAAGCAGAUCAUCUCUAAUGAUCUCCGUAAAGCCUUUGAAAUUGCUCUCGCCAAAUUUUCACAAUAUUCUGUAGAGAAAGUUGUUCAGAUGAUCAUCCAUUGUGACAAGGAAGUACUUGAUAACCAGGUCGUCAUGGAUUUCCUACAAAAAGAUGAUCUCUGCAAUAUCCCUGACAAUACCUCGAAGCUUAUGGCACCAUACAGCAAAGACUGGACUGGCCCAGAGGCGAAUAAAGAGAACCGGGAACAAGAUCCGGCCGAGCUUACCAGGCAAGAUCAGAUCUACCUGCAAACCGCAUUUGAGCUCCAUCAUUACUGGAAGAGUAGGAUGCGAGCUCUGGCUUUGACAAGGAGCUUCGAGCCUGACUAUGAAGAGAUUUCUGAGAAGAUCCGCCAAGUUGUCAACGUUUCAGAGUCGCUGAGAGAUUCGGUAUCAUUGAUGAACGUACUGGGUCUCAUUCUUGAUAUUGGUAAUUACAUGAACGACGCAAACAAGCAAGCACGAGGCUUCAAGCUCAGUUCCCUUGCCCGUCUUGCAAUGGUCAAAGAUGACAAAAACGAGUCCACGCUGGCUGAUCUUGUCGAGCGUAUUGUUCGACAGCAGUAUCCAGAAUGGGAAGAGUUCACCGGAGAUAUCCAGGGUGUUCUGACUGCCCAAAAGAUCAAUAUCGAGCAGCUGCAGGCUGAUGCCAAGAAGUAUAUUGACAACAUCCGCAAUGUCCAGAUGUCGCUUGACUCCGGUAACUUGUCUGAUCCGAAGAAGUUUCAUCCACAAGACCGUGUAAGCCAAAUCGUACAGCGCUGCAUGAAGGAUGCUAGGCGCAAGGCGGAGCAGAUGGAGUUGUACCUUGAGGAAAUGAUCCGAACAUACAACGAUAUUAUGAUCUUCUAUGGCGAAGAUCCUCAAGACGACAAUGCUCGCAGAGACUUCUUCGCCAAGUUGGCCCUGUUUAUCUCGGAGUGGAAGAGGUCCCGCGAGAAGAACGUCCAGCUUGAAGAUACGAGAAGGCGGAACGAGGCAAGCAUGAAGAGGAAGCACGCGCAGUUGAAGAUUGCUUCUGCUGCCGGUAUAGAGAGUGCACUGCCUAGCCCUAGCAGUGCAGGUGCCAUGGACAGCCUGCUUGAGAAACUCAGGGCUGCUGCACCGCAAACCAGAGAUCAGAAAGAUCGCAGAAGGAGAGCAAGACUCAAGGACAGGCACCAAGUGCGUAUCGCUUCUGGCCAAAAGAUUCCUGACUUGAACGAGAUUCCGGAGGUGGAAGCCGGGCUACAAAGUGCCAAGAGCACAGGAAGUGCCCCUACCGACGAUGAUGGCAACCUGGUUAGCCCUGGGCUGUCCUCGCCGAAGGAAGCCGAAGAGGAUGAUGUCGCGGCGAGAGCAGCACUGCUACUCCAAGGCAUGCGUGGUGAUGGCGCGGAAGAUAGUGAAGAGAAACGUGAAAGCCUUAGGAAGGCGAGAAGACAGACCGCGCAGGAUGAGAGAACCGCCAGGAGAAGGAGGAUGCGCGAGAAGACGGCUAGCACUCAGCCGAAGGAAGAUGACGAGACAAAAGACGACGCCAUGGCUGAUGCUGAUGUACCAACACCCACGGCGGAGGAAACCCCUACUGAAGUGUAG